AUGGCAGGCAAUCUUCUGAGAAUUAAGUUCUUGAUUUGUAUCGUUGGUUUGCUGACAGUCGAUGUGGUCAAGUCGUUGAACGGAACGGACUCUUUGAACGGAACGGAAUCUUUGAACGGAACGGACUCUUAUAAAAGGAUGAAAAUUACAAAAAUUCAUAGGGGUAUUACAUUUAUAGAAGAAAACUGGAUGGCUGAAUAUAUUAAAUUAAAUACAGAUCUAAGAACUAAAGCGGAUAACGAUUUUGAGAAAGAUUUCUUCAAGCUGAUGAAUAACAGCGUCUUCGGUAAGACGAUGGAGAAUAUUAGAAACCGUCAAGAUAUUAGACUUGCAACUCGAAAAGAUCAGCUAAAGAAAUUAACUUCGAAGCCUAACUUUAAAAGAAGAACAAUAUUCUCUGAGAAUUUAAUAGCAGUUCAUAUGGGGAAAACCCAUCUUAAAUUUAAUAAGCCUAUUUACGUGGGCAUGUCUAUUCUUGAUAUUUCUAAAUCUUUGAUGUACGAUUUUCACUACAACUACAUAAAGCCUAAAUAUGGAAAUAGAGCUGAAUUAUGUUUCACGGAUACUGAUAGCCUUUUAUACGAGAUAAAAACCGAUGACUUUUAUAAAGACAUCUAUCCUGAUUUAGAAGCAAAAUUCGAUACUUCAGCUUAUGGUAAUCACCCAGUUAUUGAUAAAAGAAUUAAUAAAAAGGUUAUUGGUCUUAUGAAAGAUGAAACAUCAGGAAAUGAAAUUACAGAAUUUGUUGGUCUGCGGGCGAAGUUAUAUGCUUAUAAAACAAUUGAAUAUGUCGAAAAGAAAUGUAAAGGAAUUAAGAAAUCUGUCGUAAAAGAUACUAUUUCUUUUGAAGAUUAUAAAGAUUGUCUAUUCACUGGGAGAUCGCAAAUGCGGAAAAUGAAUGUAUUAAGAUCUGAAGGGCAUCAAAUUUACGCCGAGACUAUUAAUAAAGUGGCUUUAUCUAAUUUAGAUGACAAGCGGAUUGUAUUAAAAGACAAAAUUCAUACUAAUGCUAUUGGUUAUGAAGCGUUCUCGGGAGGUAGUUGA